AUGGAAGGUAUCAUGUUUUGUGGAAUCUCACAACCACGAUCUGACGCCCCCCCCCCCAAAUUUUUAAUGAGGAAGGACGACGUCGUUAGGGAUAACGAAGGUAGAAUCAUUUGCAGGCAACUUGUUUGUAAUAAGGAGGGCUGGAGGAAUAUAAGGUAUCUUGAUCUAGAUGAUAGAUCAAGGGAGGCAAGGUCACUCAUGCGAACCAAGUGUGCAGCUCGGCCUAGGGUAAAGCUUGACUAUGGCUGCGGAAGAUGGAAGGUAUCAUGUUUUGUGGAAUCUCACAACCACGAUCUGAUGCCCCCCCCCCAAUUUGCGCAUCUGGUUCCGGCCAAUCGUCGUCUCACUGUUUCUGAUAAAGUCCAAGUGAAAAAUAUUCAUAAUUUUGGUGUCAAGACGUGCCAUAUUAUGGGAUAUAUUGCGUUCCAGAAGGGUGGAUAUCGUCAUGCUGGCUUCACACGCAAAGAUUUGUACAACCACAUUGAUCGUUAUCGUAGAUCAAAAGUAAAAAAUGGGGAUGCCAAUGCGGCAAUAAACUAUUUGGUUGGCAAGUCAAACAACGAUCUGCUGUUCUUUGGGAAGUAUACGUUCACUAGUGAUGAAAUGCUCGAGCAUAUUUUUUGGGCAGAUAGGCAAUCAAUUGUCGACUAUUACUGCUUUGGAGAUAUUAUUGCCUUUGAUUCAACGUACAAGAAGAAUAAAUACAACAAACCUUUGGUUAUUUUUUCUGGAUGCAAUCAUCAUGGGCAGACUGUCAUCUUCGGCUCUGGCCUACUAUCCGACGAAACCACAGAUACGUAUAAGUGGUUGUUGGAAACGUUUGUUGAAGCGAUGGGUGGGAAAAGUCCUAAAGCAGUAAUAACUGAUGGAGACCUUGCCAUGCGAGAUGCAAUCAAGAAUGCUCUUCCUGAUGCGACCCAUCGGUUAUGCGGAUGGCAUCUUCAGAGAAAUGCAUGUGAAAAUAUAAAGAAUCCUAAUUUCCUACGGGAUUUUAAGGGUCUUAUAUACGACAACAAUGACCGCAGAGAUUUUGAUCAUAGAUGGGCAGCCAUUUUGGAUAAGCACAACCUUGUUGGGAGUACCUGGAUGGAAAAGACAUACGAAAUUCGUGCGAUGUGGUCCCAUUGUUUCCUACGGGAUAAGUUUUUUGGGUACAUAAGGAUGACGUCACAGUGUGAAGGUAUAAACUCUCUCAUCAUAUUUUAUGUUAAUCGCAAGAAUAUCCUCAUUGACUUCAUGCAUAACCUGGAUAGGGCCUUAAAAGAGUAUAGAAACAAUGAAUUAAUAGCUAACUUUAAGUCUCAAUGCUCUGAGCCAGUGAUGAUUACCUCGUUGGAGGUAUAUGAAAGAUCUGCAUCAUGUUAUUUCACUCGCAACAUUUUUAAGGAAAUUCGUAAUGAGAUUCAGAGGGCAGGGGCUUUGAAUAUCAAGCCCGAUAGCUACCUCAAGCAGCAGCGGUUACCUGAACCAUAUGCAGUGACAAUGAGAUUCCCAGAAACUCAACAGAAAGGAGAACCAACUUAA